AUGGAUAACCAAGCCCCUCCAGUUCCCCGCGUCAAGCUCGGCACCCAGGGAUUCGAGGUGUCCAAGCUAGGGUUCGGGUGCAUGGGACUGACGGGCGCGUACAACUCCCCGGUGGACGACGAGGCCGGCAUCGCCGUCAUCACGCACGCUUUCAGCCGCGGGGUCACCUUGUUCGACACCUCCGACGUAUACGGCCCCCUCACCAACGAAAUCCUCCUCGGCAAGGCGCUGAAGGAGCUGCCGCGGGAGCAGGUGCAGGUGGCCACUAAGUUCGGGAUACUGCGUGACGAGAGCGGCAACCCGACCGUGUGCGGACGGCCGGAGUACGUUCGCGCCUGCUGCGAGGCCAGCCUGCGCCGCCUCGACAUCGACUGCAUCGACCUCUACUACCAACACCGCAUUGACACCACAAUUCCCAUCGAGGAGACGAUUGGCGAGCUCAAGAAGUUGGUGGAGGAGGGGAAGGUCAAGUAUAUCGGAUUGUCAGAGGCGAGCCCGGACACCAUUAGGCGCGCACAUGCUGUGCACCCGAUCACCGCGGUGCAGAUGGAGUGGUCUCUCUGGUCUCGCGACAUUGAGCCCGAAAUUGUGCCGCUCUGCAGAGAAUUGGGAAUUGGAAUUGUACCAUACAGUCCUCUUGGCCGUGGGUUUUUUGGUGGAAGAGGAGUGAAAGAGCAAGUGUCCGCUGAAUCUGUUCUGCAUGGGAUCCCAAGGUUUGCUCCAGAAAAUUUGGAGAAGAACAAGCAAAUUUAUCUGCGAAUGGAAGAACUGGCCAAUAAGCACCAGUGCAGCCCUACUCAGUUAGCUUUAGCAUGGGUUCUGCAUCAAGGAGAUGAUGUGGUUCCUAUACCAGGGACAACCAAAAUCAAGAAUCUAGAUUCCAACAUUGACUCCUUGAAGGUGAAACUGACAGACGAAGAUCUGAAAGAAAUGGGCAGCCAGAUACGUGAAGAAGAUGUGGCUGGUGGAAGACAAUUCGCUUCCUUUGAACAUGCCACCUGGAAGUAUGCUGAUACACCAAAGAAGCAGAGCUAA